AACAUGACCUCGUCAUUAAAGCAUGUGUGCGCAGAAGACAUACAACGCUUGGAGCAUCACUCUCCUCUGAAAAUUGAUUGUCAAUAUAAUAAAAGCAGCGGUGCUACAUGGGAAAGCUCUAGUAUCACAAAUAACACAACGUUGAAAGAUCUCCUUUGUAACUAUACUGCUGAGAAACCAUUUAAACUUAACGAUGGCCAAGCAAGUGAAAGAGAUACUCUGCCUCCAUGGAAAAAAGAUAUUUCAAUUAAAGGUAUCAGCAUUCCCUCUUCAUUGGAGCAAACGUCGGGAAAUUACGCUUUAAGCUUUGGAAAUAUAAGGCGGUUGUCUACUCCACCUUGCUCGACUUACCAAUACAACCUGCCCUAUGCGAACAGGAAAUGGUACUCGGAAGAAAUUCUUAAUGACGGGUGUAUAUACAACAAGGAACUCUCGAGGUACUACGCGAUCUUUCAAUCAAAAAGAAGCGUGGAUCAAGGAAAUAUUACAUUGCCUACAAAAGGAAAGGUGAAAGGAUGGCAAGAAAGACUUGUACAUAACGAGGAAGUCAACUUCUUAAAAUGGUAGGAAUCUCUUGUUCACAGAUUGUAAUGAUCGGAAGAAUUGUAACAAAAUGUAUCUUUAAUUUCUCAGUAAAACGUUUUUCUUUCACUUCACUUCGGCAACUGCAUCUUGAAAACUGAGAAUAAAUACAUACUAA